AUGGCUCGCUCUAGCCUCAUGCUGUUCUUCACACUCCUCACACCCAUAACAGCCAGCCCCAACCCCAACCUUCCCUUCGUCAUCAACACCUGGUCCGGCCCUUUCGCCGCUGCCACUGACGCCGCGUACCACGUCCUCACCCACCCCUUCCGCUCCCCCUUCUCCUCUUCACCAUCCCCGACCCUCGCCCUUGACGCCGUCGAAGCCGGUUGCGCGACAUGUGAGCGCAACCAAUGCGACACCACCGUCGGCUUCGGUGGGUCGCCGGACGAACAAUGUGAGACUACGCUUGACGCACUCAUCAUCGACGGCACGACGAUGAAGUCGGGCGCGGUGGCUGGGCUGCGACGGAUCCGGGAUGCAGUGGCCGUUGCUCGCGCGGUGUUGGAUUACACGCGCCAUUCGUUGCUAGUUGGGGACCAGGCGACACAGUUUGCGGUGGAGAUGGGGUUUGGUCCGGAGGAGGACCUGAGUACGGCGGAGAGCAGAGCGAGAUGUGAGGAAUGGAAGGCUGGUGGGUGUAAGGGGAAUUAUAGGGUCGGCGUGUUACCGGAUCCGGAGAGAUUUUGUGGGCCAUAUACCCCCGGUUUGGGGGAUGAUGGGUUGGGGUGGGUGGUGCAGGCCGAAGGGCAGGCGUCUCAUGACACUAUUUCGAUGGUAGCCAUUGAUAGCAAUAGUGUGAUGGCCGCGGGAACAUCAACGAAUGGGGCGGCGUUCAAGAUUCCCGGCCGUGUGGGUGAUGGGCCGAUUGUUGGAAGCGGUUCGUAUGUGGAUGGGGAUGUUGGUGGUUGUGGCGCAACGGGCGAUGGAGACAUCAUGCUGCGGUUCCUGCCCUGUUACCAGGCAGUCGAAAAUCUGAGGCUAGGGAUGGCGCCGACGGAGGCUGCCGAGGAUGUCGUGAGGCGGAUGGUACGAAAAUACCCCAACAUAUCGAGCGGCAUUGUGGUUGUGAAUAAGCGAGGCGAACACGGCGGCGCGGGCUCCGGCUGGACCUUUACUUAUUCAUACCGUGGCGGGGAGAUGGACGCCAGUGAGGUUGUGACCGUACCCCCAAUAACGGCGGUUGAUGUGCGCAUGCCAAAGCAAGGUCCAACAGAACUUUAG